GGAGGUCAAACAAACCUGCAUUUCAUCCUGCAGCUCUUCAUGAAUGAAGCCGCUGAUUCAUUUUUAGUCGCGUAUCAGAGGCGUUGUACAGACUGAAAUACUGUUCAAAGAUUUGUCCAUUCGGGUCUGAUUUGACCUCCAGACAGAUUUCUCCCUUCGCUGUCAGACGGUUCAGCUUCACCACAAUGCUCUCCAACUUCACCUCCACUCUCAACCUGACCACGCCGGGCCCGGGCAGCGGCGGCUGCCCUCCGGUCGGGAUCCAGCUGGAAGGCGUGAUCCUGCCGCCGGUCCUGGCUGUCGACGUGGUGCUGGGGCUGCUGGGAAACAUGGUGGCGCUGUGGAUCUUCUGCUGCAAGCUGAAGGCCUGGAACCCCAACAACCUGUUCCUCUUCAACCUGGUCAUCGCCGACUUCCUGGCUCUGGUCAGUCUGCCGCUGAGGAUCGACGCCUUGCUCAGAGGCCACUGGGUGUUCGGAGACGGACUCUGCCGCGUCAACCUCUUCCUCAUGUUCUCCAACCGCACGGCCAGCAUCGCGCUCAUGACCGUGGUGGCCAUUUACCGCUACUUCAAGGUGGUCCAUCCUCACCACCGCUUCAACCGCAUGACGAGGCGCCAGGCCGGCGCCGUGUCGCUGCUCGUCUGGCUGCUGGUCGUCGCCCCUCGGGUUCCCCUGCUCGCCUACAACCACAUCAAGGGCCGCGGCGACCGGACCCAGUGCUUCUUCUUCACCUCGUACAAAGAGGCGUCCCGCGCCAUCGUGGUUCUGGUGGCGAUGCACCGCGUCCUGACCGUGCUGGAGUUCGUGGUUCCGCUGGCGCUGCUGAUCUUCUGCUCCGUCCGGAUCUCCAGCUUCCUGAGGCGGCGGCAGAUGGGGAAACCCGACAAGGUGCGCAAGGCCAUGCGGGUGUGCGUGGCCAUCGUGGUGGUGUUCAUGGUGUGCUUCCUGCCCACCACGGUGACCACCAUCGGGCUGUGGGCGGUGCGCUCGUACCGGCCGUGGGACUGCGACGCCUUCUACACCUUCACGCAGCUCAACAUCGUGUCUCUGGGCCUGAACUUCCUGAACUCGGCGCUGGACCCCAUCGUCUACGUCUUCUCCAGCUCCAUGUUCAGGAAGGCCCUGCUGGGGGCGCUGCCUCGCCGCCUGUGCUGCCGGCGGGACGACGUGGGCGAACUGGAGACGCCGUCCACGUCGGGAACUCAGUCGACCGACCAGCUGGAGCUGAAGCCGGUGAGGUCGGGCCGAGGCAGCGAGGCCAUGUGACGAGCUCCAGGAGGAGACUGGACCUGAUCCGGAGGCAGAGUUUAGGUUGUUUUUAUGCUGUUCAUCAGUCAGGAUGGUUUGUUGCGUCUGAAAACACUGCAGCUCCACAUGUUUACUGAACCUCUGCAACACGGCAGGUCAGAGGUUUUCCCGCCCAAACAGGUUUCAGCUGGUGCCCACAUAUAAACAUACAUAAAGGCAGAAUUUAUAAUGUUUUGUUGCUGAUAUCUGACACUGUGGUGAAUGAAUGUCGAGGUUUUUGAUGCUUCAAUUUAAUACAAUGAUGAAAUAUA